UUUACCAAAUAGUGUUUUGAAUAAACUAGACAUUAUUCAAAAUCAGGCUCUCAGGUGCAUAUUGGGUGCUAUGAAGUCAACCCCAAUUUUAGCUCUUCAAAUGGAAGCAGCAGUACCCAACUUGCAGACCAGAAGGAAAAUGUUAACUGAAAGACUAGUUUUCAAAGUACUGUCUGAACCUAACCAUCCAGUUUAUGUAAAUUUAAAGUAUUUAAGUAUGGCAGCAAAUCAUCACGAAUACUGGGCCAAGAAGACCACACCACUGUAUAUAAAAUCAGGUAGAUAUUAAUCGGAUGGAAAAUCCAAAAUCCGAAAUUCCUCCUGAAACACUCAAAAAAUUAUUUAUAGAACAAAUAAAUGAGGAAUUUUCAGACUACAUAAAAAUUUACACAGAUGGAUCGAGAAACGCAGAGGGUUCUGGAGCAGCUGUAUUAUUACAAGGUAGGCCUAAUCAUCUUAGUUAUAAAUUCUGUUUACCCAAAAUAGCUUCCAGCUACACAGCCGAACUUUACGCCAUAAAGAAAGCAAUCGAGAUAGCGAAUCUUCAACCAGGUAACAAAGUACUAAUUUGUUCUGACUCAAAAGCAGCCAUCCAUGCAGUCAAAACAGCCUGUAAACUUGAUUAUAUUGAUAACAUUACAUCCCAAAUCGUGGAGGAGGUCCUUUCUUCAGAAAAGAAAAUAACACUUCAGUGGGUUCCUGGUCAUGUGGGUAUUACACCAAAUGAAAUAGUAGAUAAGCUGGCGAAAGAGGCAAUUCAGACAGGAAAAGUAAUCAAAGAUCUGGUCCUUCCGAUGGGUGACUUUGUCAGCCAUUUAAAAUGUGAAAUGACAUCCUUAUACAAAGCUGAAGUAGAACAAAGCAAUAAAGCAAGAUGGUAUAGGGAUGUGCAGCGGGACCUUCCUAUGGUCCCAUGGUUUAAGAAUGCUAAGAUAGGAAGAAGUAAACUAGUCACAAUAAUUAGGCUAAGACUGGGUCAUGCACAGGUAAAUGAAACUUUAUUCAGAAUAAACUGCUACUUUACUGAAAAAUGUCUCAAGUGUACAUUGAAUGUGAAAGAAAGUCUUCAGCACCUAAUCUUUGAAUGCCCAACAUAUGAUAGCUUCAGAGAACCAUUAAUACAACAUUUAAAGGAAAAGAAAGUAAGGCCACCAUUCUAUCUCAAAGAGCUGUUGGUAAGUUUUGACUUAGGCGUAUUGUUAGAAAUAGUAAGGUACCUAAAUAGUAUAAAUAGGUCAAUUUGAUAAAGGCAAUUGGGUGUUACUAACAUUCAAGUAUAGAACUCUUCCACACUAUCUUGGAGUCAUAUUUGUUACCUACUCCAGGUUCUAACAAUUUGUAUUUAUCUCCAGGGUCUGAAUCCUUUUCGGAGUAGAAAGUCGCCUGGAGGACCUCAGGCG